GCCGUCCUUCCCUUUUGGACCGAAUCGUUCCUCUAAAUAUGGAAAUAUAAUUCAAAUUUAAUUGGGUCGUUGUAAGUGGAAUUAUGGACCUUCAUACACUUACAAAUCUAUGGGAGACAACCACCUCCUUCCUCCUCCACCUCCUAUGUCUCCUAUAAUCACGGAUCAGAGGAACCAGUGCUUCUUUCCUUUCCCAUUUUUUUUCUUUCUUAUUUCUAUAAAAUCCAUAUUAUUAUAAGGUUGUUCUUUCUUUUUCUACCCAGUAGCUUCUCAAAAUAUUAUUAAUUUACAGAUACCAAAGAGUUUCAUGUUCCCUCGUAAUUAAUAUAUCUAUAAAGUGUGUCGGCCAGAGUGCAGAACCGCCCCCAGGGGCAUCAGAAAAACGAAAGUGAAAGGUCUUUUCAGAGAUCAUCUCUUGUUGAAGGCUUCAGGGUUUGAGGCAGGGAGCUUAUGGUGCUCUCCACUGGAACAUCUGUCGCUGCGUUGCCGGUAAGAAAGACGUCAGCGGUUGUAAUAUAAUGGCCAAGGAGUACAGUGGUUCACCCAAGCAUCAUCAACUAGAAUCCAAGAGGAAGCGCCUCACUUGGAUCCUAGGGGUCAGUGGCCUCUGCAUUUUGUUCUACAUUUUGGGAGCUUGGCAGAAUACAACUCCUGCCCCGUCUAACCAAUCUGAAGUAUACUCUAGAGUCGGUUGUGGUGUUGGCUCACCUGCAGCUGGCGAUGGGCAUUCAUCAUCUUCAUCAUUGUCAUCAGCCUCUCUCGAUUUUGAAAGCCAUCAUCAGGUGGAGAUCAACAAUUCUGGAGGGACCCAGAGCUUUCCACCCUGUGAUAUGUCCUACAGUGAGUACACUCCUUGCCAAGACCCAAUCAGGGCAAGGAAAUUUGACAGGAAUAUGUUGAAAUACAGAGAGCGGCAUUGCCCUACCAAGGAUGAACUCCUCCUCUGCCUGAUACCUGCCCCCCCAAAAUACAAGAACCCUUUCAAAUGGCCCCAGAGCAGAGACUAUGCCUGGUACGACAACAUCCCCCACAAAGAGCUCAGCAUUGAGAAGGCUGUUCAGAAUUGGAUCCAAGUCGAGGGUGAUCGUUUCAGAUUCCCUGGGGGUGGCACCAUGUUCCCACGUGGAGCCGAUGCUUAUAUUGAUGACAUAAACGAGCUCAUUCCUCUUACUGGCGGCACCAUCAGAACUGCAAUUGAUACAGGCUGUGGUGUUGCAAGCUGGGGUGCCUACUUGUUAAAAAGGGACAUUCUGGCUAUGUCUUUUGCACCAAGAGACACACAUGAAGCACAGGUCCAGUUUGCUCUAGAGCGGGGAGUACCUGCUAUGAUUGGUAUCUUGGCUUCGCAGAGGAUGCCAUACCCUGCAAGGGCUUUUGAUAUGGCUCACUGCUCCCGCUGCUUGAUACCUUGGAAUGCGUAUGAUGGACUCUACCUACUGGAAGUGGACAGAGUUCUGAGACCUGGUGGAUAUUGGAUUCUAUCUGGCCCUCCUAUACACUGGAAGAAAUACUGGAGAGGUUGGGAAAGGACCCAAGAAGAUUUGAAGCAAGAGCAAGAUGCUAUCGAGGAUGUUGCUAUGCGGUUAUGCUGGAAAAAAGUGAUUGAAAAGGGUGAUCUUGCAGUUUGGCAAAAGCCUAUCAACCACAUCGGGUGUGUAGAGAGCAGGAAGCUUAUUAAAACACCACAUAUAUGCAAAUCAGACAAUCCAGACACGGCUUGGUACAGAGACAUGGAAACUUGCAUAACCCCACUUCCAGAUGUACGCGACUCAGAGGAAGUUGCUGGUGGGGCAUUGGAGAAGUGGCCUAAGCGUGCAUUUUCCAUUCCUCCUAGAAUAAGCAGUGGCUCAUUACCAGGCAUCACAGCCCAGAAUUUCCAAGAGGAUCAUGAGCUGUGGAAGGACAGAGUGGCACAUUACAAACAAAUCAUUAGAGGAUUACACCAAGGGCGAUAUCGCAAUGUAAUGGACAUGAAUGCUUACCUGGGUGGAUUUGCUGCAGCCCUUCUAAAAUAUCAUGUGUGGGUUAUGAAUGUAAUUCCUGCCAAUUCAAAUCAAGAUUCUCUUGGUGUGAUCUACGAGAGAGGAUUCAUUGGGACAUAUCAUGACUGGUGUGAGGCAUUCUCGACAUAUCCAAGAACAUAUGAUCUGAUCCAUGCAAGCAAUGUGUUCAGCAUAUAUCAGGACAGGUGUGAUAUUACCCACAUUCUGCUAGAGAUUGAUAGAAUUCUGAGGCCAGAAGGGACAGCCAUAUUCAGGGAUACGGUAGAGGUCCUUGUGAAGAUUCAAAGUAUAACAGAUGGAAUGAGAUGGAACAGCCAGAUUCUGGACCAUGAAAGUGGGCCCUUUAAUCCAGAGAAAAUUCUGGUUGCUGUCAAAAGUUACUGGACUGGUGAAGCUAACCCAAAACCGCACUAACAGUAAGUUGCAGUGUGUUUUUCCUUCCCUUAGGGGUGGGAUUUUGCUCAGUGAUACCUUCAUUUUGAGUGGGGAAAUUGUUGAUUUUUCAAGGCCAUGAUUUACUUCGUGGAGAUACUGUAAUGGUGAUAUUACUGCCUUCAUAUUUAUUUCAUCAUACCUAUUAAUAUUAUUUUACCUAGGGUGGCUGA